ACAGUCCGGCGCCUGCCUGGUAACCGCGCCGCGCGCCAGCAACGGCCGGCGGCCUCGCCCGCCCCCGCGGCCAGGCUGCCCCAGGGCGGCGACGGGCUCGGCGGCCGGCCUCGCUGCUCCGCGUCGAGCGGGGAGAGGCCGGUGCCGCUUCGCUCAGCGGCGCCGCGGGGUGGAUGCCGCAGCCCGGCGCGGUUCCCCGCCCGCGCGGCUGCUGGGGGGGCGGCGGUAGAAAGCGCCCGUGGGCCGAUCGCGGGGGGGAGGGCGCGGGCCGCGGUGCCCCCUGCUCGGCUUCCCCGUGGGGCUGCUGCCAGCGGAGCUAGAGCGGCGGCGGGGGCCGAGCGGUGAAGAUGGCGACCCCGGGGAUGAGCUGGCAGCAGCAGCACAGCCACGGCAGCAGCUCCGCGCCCGGCGCGGGAAAAUUCGCCUCGGCCUCUGCCCCGGCGGGAGUCGGCUCCGAGCACAGCCCCGACCUGCAUUUCAAGAUGAGCAAGAAGAUUGCCCAGCUCACGAAGGUAAUAUAUGCUUUAAACACUAAAAAUGAUGAACAUGAAGCUGCUAUCCAAGCCCUCAAGGAUGCUCACGAAGAAGAAAUUCAACAAAUUCUCGCAGAAACCAGAGAGAAGAUCUUGCAGUAUAAAAGUAAAGUUGCAGAAGAAAUGGAUCUUAAGAGAAAGAUCCAGGUUUUGGAAGAGUCACUGGAAGAUCAUAAAAAGAUGAAACAUCAGGCCUUGACAGAAUUUGAAGCCUAUAAGGACAGAGUUGAAGACAUGCAGCUUUGUGCAGAAGCUCAGCAUGUCCAGCGUGUAGUGACCAUGUCGAGAGAAGUAGAAGAGAUUAGGAAGAAAUUUGAGGAAAGACUACGAAGUUUCAUACAGCUGCAAGCACAGUAUGAGAAGGAUAAGCGUUCAGCUCUGGAAGACUUGAGAGCUGCACAUAAACUUGAGAUUCAAGAGCUUCUGAAGACUCAGCAGAGUCAGAAUGCUACAUUAAGUAAGGGGCAAGAAAAGCUAGAGGAACUGCAUAGACUGGAGCUGGAAGACUUAAACAGUAAAGUUGAAGAGUUAAGACGAGAAAGAAAAAAACUCAUUGAGGACUAUGAAGGCAAACUCAGCAAAGCUCAGUCCUUUUAUGAACAUGAACUUGAUUCUUUGAAAAGAUCUCAGCUUUUUACAGCUGAAAGUCUGCAUGCUUGCAAAGAAAAAGAAGUGGAGCUAAGAAAAGAAUUUCAAAACCAAGAAAGUGUUUUACGGAAAAACCUGGGAAAACUUAAAACUGAAUUGCAGAUGGUCCAGGAUGAAGCUGCCAGUCUACGGGAAAAAUGCCAGAAACUUCAGGUAGCUCUUGGUACAGCGGAAAACAACGUACAGGUUCUUCAAAAACAACUAGAUGAUGUGAAGGAGGAGGAGAUGUCAUUGUUAAGCAAACACAAAGAAGUGGAAAGUGAGCUAGCAGCUGCUAGGGAACGCUUACAGCAGCAGGCCACUGACCUUGUUCUCAAAGCCAGUCACAUUGGGAUGCUUCAAGCUACUCAAAUGACUCAAGAAGUUACAAUCAGAGACUUCGAAUCGGAAAAGUCUAGGCUGAAAGAAAAACUAUCCCAACUGGAAGAGGAAAGAAACUUAUUACAAAGCAAAACACAGAGCCUGGAUGAGCGACAAAGGCAGCAGAUCUUGGCACUGGAGAAGAAAGUAAAUGAAGCAAGGGAGACGCAACGGGAAUAUUAUGAGAAGGAGCUGGUAAAACUGCAGGCAAGAUUGGAAGGAGAGGCUGCACAGUUAAAGGAGGCUCAUUCUAAGACCUUAGAAGAAUUGGCAUGGAAACACCAUACUGCAAUUGAGGCUGCUCACACUAGUGCUAACAAGGAUAAGAAAAAACUGCAGAUGGAGUUGGAGCAGCAGUUUGAGAAGGAAAAACUACACCUGGAGGAGGAUAAGAGUCAGCUCCGACAGCAGUUGGAAAACCUACGGGAAGAACUGACAACCAAACUGACUUCAGCCAAUCAGGAGGUGUGUCGUCUACAAGACCUAGUAAGAAAAAGUGAACAAGGCCUUGGUACUGCAGAAGGACAUAUUUCCAGUCUUCAAGAAGCUCAGGAAAUACUCCAAAAAGAACUGGAAUUAACUAGAGCAAGGCUGCGAGAAACCACAGAUUCAUUGUAUAAUGUUGAGGGAGAACUAGAUCAGGAGAGACAACAACAUGAGGCAAUGAUUGCUGCCAUGAGAGAAGAGGAAAAGUUCAAAGUUGACAGAAUGGCCCGUGACUUGGAAAUAAAAUGGACGGAAAAUCUUCGACAGGAAUGUAAUAAGCUUCGUGAAGAGCUGAGGCUUCAGCAUGAAGAGGAUAAAAAGGCAGCUAUGACUCAGCUGUUACAGCUGAAAGAACGUGAAAAAAAUGCAGCCAGGGAUGGAUGGCAAAAAAAAGUUGAAGACCUUCUAGACCAGAUCUCAUUGCUGAAGCAGAAUCUGGAGAUGCAACUUUCCCAGUCUCAGAGCUCUUUGCAACAGCUACAAGCCCAGUUCAGUCAGGAACGACAGAGGCUGACUCAGGAGAUCCAGGAAUUAGAAGAGCAGCAUCAGCAAAGGCAUAAAUCUCUCCAAGAAGCCCACAUCCUUGCAUUUCAAAAUAUGGAAGAAACAAAAGAACAAGAGCAAAAGGAGUUAGAAGAACAUUUACAGCAAAAGCAUUCAGAAGAACUUCAGGCACUGAAAGAAACACACAAACAAGCCAUGGAAGGUUUCAAAUUGGAGAUGGACCAGGAACUUCAGACUCUUCGAUUUGAGCUGGAGGAUGAAGGAAAAGCUAUGUUAGCUUCCCUGCGCUCAGAGCUAAACCAUCAACAUGCAGCAGCAAUUGACCAGCUAAGGCACAAUCAUCAGCAAGAGUUGGUAGCUGCCAAACUGGAACUUGAAAGAAGCAUAGAACUCGGCAGACGGCAGGAGAAAGAAUUUUUAUGCCGAAUAUCGGAUCUGCAAGAUGAACUAAGACACCGAGACCAUCAUAUAGCUGAACUGGAUAAAGAAAUUCUGCAUCUUCAUGAGAAUAUAAGUGCACUGACCAGGGAACUAGAGUUUAAAGGGAAAGAAGUUCUCAGAAUACGCAGUGAAUCUAACCAACAGAUCAGGAUGCAUGAGCAAGAUUUAAGCAAGAAACAUGAGAAAGAGCUGGAUGUCUUGACAGCAGAUCACAUCAGAGAGAAACAAAGCAUGCUGGCAGAUUUUAAUAAGACCCAAGAACUGCUCAAGGAAAUUAAUUCAGCUUUACAAAUUUCUUUAGAAGAAAUGGAAGAAAAAUAUAAAAACAGAGAAUCAAGACCAGAAGAUUUGCAGCUUAUCUCAGAGCUGAAAGACCUAAUUGCAGAGAGGGACCAGCUCAUAAAGAAAUUGAUUGAGGACAAAAAGUUCUAUCAACUGGAACUAGUUAACAGGGAGACUAACUACAACAAAGUGUUUAAUGCAAGCCCUAAUGUUGGUGUUAUUAAUCCAUUGGUGAAGCAAAAGAAGAAGAAUGAUAAAUCGACAAACAGGUUUGUGAGUGUCCCCAAUCUAAGUGCUCUGGAAUCUAGCGGAGUGGGCAAUGGACAUCCUAACCGCCUGGACCCCAUUCCUAACUCACCCAUCCACGAUAUUGAGUUCAACAGCAGCAAACCACUACCACAGCCAGUACCACCCAAAGAGCCCAAGAUGUUUUUGAGCCCUCUUCAGACUGAAGCUUCACCAGUGGCUUCACCAGAUCCACAGCGCCAGGAGUGGUUGGCCCGAUACUUCACAUUCUGAGAGAUGAUUUGUUUUUGUGGCACAGCGUGGUGUGGACUUUUUAUAAGAGCAUGACCUUAAGUAAACCCUUAUGUGAACAAGCUUUCCUGUAAUUUGUCAAACACUGUGAAUGAGAAAGUAUUUGUCUUUCUGAUUUGAAAUGCACUGUAUUUCACGUGAUAUUUGUUGGAAUCACUUGACAUGGUACUAUAUAAUGUGUGUAAUUAUAACUAUUAUUUUUAUUUAAAAUGGAAGAAUCUUUAAACUUUGUAAUAACUACAUAAUAAAUUUUGGUAGAACAAACAUAAUGCUUUCCCCCUUUUUCCUAUGAAUAUGUGUUUUCUUUGAUUUCAGGUAAGGCCCCCCCCACCCCACUCCCCAAAAUAAUGUAAUUGCAUGGUUAUUAUAAAUAUGAUUUAAUUUGUAAAAGGAAAAAAAAGUAUAUAUUUUUCUCUCUCCAGUUAAGGACAGGAUAUGUUUAAUCCAUCCCCAUUCUACUGUGUUACUUUGUAGCACUUUAAAAACUGACCUCUUUCUAACAAUUAAACGGAAGAAUGUGAAGUAAACCAAGACUAGUAUAGCUGCUGGCCUUCAGAGACGAGUGAUUUUGACAAGAACAAACAAAAAGGAAAAUGUUCUUUGAGAGGUUUUGACUUCUUACCUACUGCUCAUCAGCCUUUGCCUUCUAGUUAUAACUUAACAUUUUAACUUUGAAUUUAACCAGAAGCUGUUCUCACAAAUUAUGUAUUUAUUUUAUGAAUACCAACAAAGACAAAUGCUUGGAAAAUCUGGAAUACUGUGCCAAGUAUCUCUGCAUAAAUCAAGACUCCAGAUUUUGAUCUUACUGUCCUGCUUUGGAUAAAAUUCAUGCCUGAAAUGCAAAAGCAACAACAACAACAACAAACUUUAUCCAUUCAUACACACUACAAGAUACAGAUCUUUCAUUAAAACUUACAGUCCAUUUUCUAUAUUAAAGAGGCUUUUUCUUCUUCUGAAACUAAUCUAUGAACCACGUGUUUUUUUUUCAGCUAGCGAGCAUGAUUCUCCAGUCUACACCUUUUACGAUGCCAGUCUUACUCCAGACGUUUGAGGCAGCAUAUAGAAAAAUAAAGCCUACUGUCUUUAAUAUUAAUAUUUUUUUCAUUCAAAGAUUACCACAAAGUAACUCACACUGGUAGUCUCAGGGAGAAAAUUGUCUUUGUUUUAUGAAUGUAUUUUUAAGCUGAAUCUCUUAUCUUUUAAAAGCAGCAAAAAUUGUUUGAGCUAUUAUUUGAAUAAGGUUUUAGUUGGCAUACACAAAGGUAUUGAACUUUAUUAUUUCUUCUGAAGCCCUAACCAUAUCCUUUUUCCCUGUAUGCACAGAGGUAAAUACCCAAAUGAAGAUACUUGCUAAUUACAGUGAGUUUUAUAUGUAGUAUAUGUAUAAAUGAAAAAUUUGUAUGUUUUCAUAUAAACAAAAUAUUCUAAGUGAACAUUUUAAAACUUAUAUCUUGUAAUUCAGCUUGAAAACUCCAUUGAAAGCUGUAUUCUGGUGAUGCUGACAUGGAUUAAGGAUGUAUACAGCAGAUUUUCUGUACUCGGUGGACUCAAAUGUAGGUAUAUGCAACUUUUUAAUUUUAGAAGAAAGCCAUAUUAGGCAAAAUGACAGAUUUCUUGGCUGUUAAUCAAAUAAAAUACACUAGAUCAUUUUGUUACAAUGUU